GUAUUGCUGCCUCUAAGCCAGACCUGAUCACCUGUCUGGAGCAAGGACAAGAACCUUGGAAUGUGAAGAGACAUGAGUUUGAAGCCAAACUCCCAGACUGGAGUGCAGUGGCAUGGUCUUUGUACACUGCAGCCUGUACCUCCCAGGUUCAAGUGAUUCUCCUGUCUCAGCCUCCCACAUAGCUGCCAUUACAGUUGCAUCUUCUUAUUUUGCCCAAGAUUUUUGGCCAAAGCAGGACAUAAAAAACCAUUUCCAAAAAUUGAUACUGAGAAGAUAUAAAAAAUGUGAACAUGAAAAUUUUCAGUUAAGAAAAUGUCAAAGCGUAGAUGAGUUUAAGGUGCACAAAGAAUGUUACAAUGGACUUAACCAGGUUUUGACAACUACCCAGAGCAGAAUAUUUCAAUGCAACAAAUUUGUCAAAGUCUUUCAUAAAGAUUCAAAUUCAAACAGAUGUAAUAUAAGACAAAGUGGAGAGGAACCUUUGAAAUGUAAGGAAUGUACAAUGUUAUUUAACACACUUUCAGACUUAGCUGAACAUAAAAGAAUUUAUACCAGAGAACGACCCUACAAAUUUAAAGAAUGUGGCAAAUCCUAUAAUGACGCCUCAAACCUUUCUACAUAUAAAAAAAUUUGUAAUGGAGAGAAACCCGGCAUAUAUGAAGAAUGUGGACAAACCUUUAACCAGUUCUUACACGUUACUACACAUAUGAGAAUUCAUACUGGAAAGAAACCCUACAAAUGUGAGAAAUGUGGCAAAGCUUUUAACCACUCUUCAGUCCUUGCAAGACAUAAAAAAAUUCAUGCUGGAGAGAAAGACUACAAAUGUGAAGAAUGUGGCAAAUCUUUUAAGUGGUCCUCAAACCUUAUUACACAUAAGAGAAUCCAUACUGCAGACAAACCCUACAAAUGUGAGGAAUGUGGCAAAGCUUUUGUCCACUCCUCAAGCCUUACUUAUCAUAAGAGAAAUCAUACUGAAGAGAAAUGCUACAAAUGUGGGGAGUGUGGCAAAACUUUUAGCUGGCACGUGAGCCAUUCUAGACAUAAGAGAAUUUGUUCUGGAGAGAAACGCUACAAAUGUGAAGAAUGUGGUAAAUCUUUUAGGUGGCACUCUGGCUUUAAUACACAUAAGAAGGUUCAUACCGGAGAGAAAUUCUACAAAUGUGAGGAAUGUGGCAAAGCUUUUAACCAGUCCUCAAUGCUCACUAGACAUAAGAGAAUUCAUACUGGAGAGAAACCCUACCAAUGUGAGGAAUGUGGCAAAGCUUUUAACCAAUCCUCGAUGCUCACUAGACAUAAGAGAAUUCAUACUGGAGAGAAACCCUACAAAUGUGAGGAAUGUGGCAAAGCUUUUAUCCGCUCUUCAGGCCUUGAUAGACAUAAAAGAAUUCAUGCUGGAGAGAAAGACUACAAAUGUGAAGAAUGUGGCAAAUCUUUUAGGUGGCACUCCGGCUUUAAUACACACAAGAAGAUUCAUACCGGAGAGAAAUCCUACAAAUGUGAAGAAUGUGGCAAAUCUUUUAGGUGGUUCUCAAACCUUACUACACAUAAGAGAAUCCAUACUGGAGGCACACCCUACAAAUGUGAGGAAUGUGGCAAAGCUUUUAAUCGCUCUUCAGGCCUUACUAGACAUGAAGGAAUUCAUGCUGGACAGAAAGACUACAAAUGUGAAGAAUGUGGCAAAUCUUUUAGGUGGCACUCCAGCUUUAAUACACAUAAGAAGAUUCAUACUGGAGACAAACCCUACAAAUGUGAGGAAUGUGGCAAAGCUUUUGUCCACUCCUCAAGCCUUAUUUAUCAUAAGAGAAAUCAUACUGGAGAGAAACGCUACAAAUGUGAGGAGUGUAACAAAGCUUUUGUCCACUCCUCAAGCCUUACUUAUCAUAAGAGAAAUCAUACUGGAGACAAACCCUACAAAUGUGAGGAGUGUGGUAAAACUUUUAGCUGGUACUCGAGUCAUUCUAGACAUAAGAUAAUUUGUUCUGGAGAGAAAUGCUACAAAUGUGAAGAAUGUGGUAAAUCUUUUUGGUUCUCCACAGAUCUUACUAGGCAUAAGAAAAUUCAUACUGGAGAGAAACCCUACCAAUGUUAGGAAUGUGACAAAGCUUUUAACCAAUCCUCAAUGCUCACUAGACAUAAGAGAAUUCAUACUGGAAAGAAACCCUACAGAUGUGAAAAAUGUGGAUAAGCUUUUGACUAAUCUUGAAAACUUACUCCACAUAAGAGAAUUUGUACUGGGGAGAAACUCUACAGGUGUGAAGAAUAUGGCAUAGCCUUUAGCCAGUCCUGAAAUCUUACUAGACCUAAGGUAAUAAUUUAUUAUGAAGUGAAACCCUAAAAGUGUGUAGAAUGUGGUGACGCCUUUAACCAGUCCUCAAUUCUUAACAGACAUUAUAUGAUUCAUACUGGAGAGAAACUCUAGAAACCCUUUGUCUAAAGUUCUGACAAUGCUUGUGACAACAGUUCAAACAUUUCUAAACAUCAAAGAAAUUGUGCUGGUGAGAAGUCAUAGAAAUGUAAAUAAUGUGAGAAAGCCUUUAAAUGAUUAUCACGAUUGUAGGUAAGGUAAUUCAUACUGGAGAAAACUUCUGCAAGUAUAAACAAAGUCACACAACUUUUAAAUAAUGCUCACACCUUAUUGCACAGGAAAACAUUUGAGAACAAAUGUACAAAUUUAAUGAAAGUAAAGUGGUAAAUAUAUGCUCAUGAUCUUACUGUACAUGAAAGAACUUAUGCUUAAUAAAAGCAUUAAAAAUGCAAGUCUCUCAAAAGAUUCUUCAGAAAAUAUAAACCUUUAAAGUGCUGAGGAGCAUUUAUUUCAAAGGCAGACAUUACAACUAUAAAGAGAGUUGUAGUAAGUUGUAACAGAUUUUGUUGUGCUUAUUUUAUGUUAGAGGCAAACCCUGAAGCAAUUGCUCAAACUUUGUUUAGCAUCAGAGAAUUCUGCAAAUGUAAUACAUUUGGGAAAGAAAGAUAUUAAUAGCUGCAGAAACUCCAGAGUGUUCAUGCUAAAAAAUAUUUUUUGCAAACAGAGUAAAUGAAAAAAGAAUUUUUAAUGCAAAAUGAAGUCUUGAAAUAAUCACAAUUAGAAAUGUAUAAGGCACUGACACUUCAGACUUUACACUAAAGCAGUGCUCUAUGUCUACAAUAUAAUCUAAAACUAAAGUUGGUAGAAAAAUUAUUUGUAUGCAACUUUAAAACAGUAGGAAUUUUUUUUGGAGACAUAAUUACAAGCAUACUUUGGCAAGAUUACAGUUGUUUUUUAUAAGUAAAUAAUGUAACUAACACUCUACUUCAUACUAGUAAUGUUGUAAUUAACUCUCAAAUUACUUCAUGCUAAAACAAUGAUUAUUUUUUAGUUUUUUGCAACUCUGUCACCCAGGCUGUGGUGGAGUGGUGUGACCUGAGCUCACUGCAACCUCCAACUUUCGAGUUUAAGUGAUUCUACUGCCUCAGCCUCCCAUGUAGCUGGGAGUACAGGCACAUAACAUCACGCACAGCUAUGUUUUAUAUUUUUAGGGAUGGAAUGUUGACAUGUUGGCCAGGCUGUUCUCAAAUUCGUGACUUCAAGUGAAUCACCCAGCUCAGCAUUUCAAUAUGCUGGGAUUACAGGUAUUAGUCACUAUGCCAGGCUCAUCCUGUUUUUUUAUUCCAAUUUAUACAUAAAAACGUGACCAAUUGUUGUUAUAUGAAAGAUAAGAGAAAUUGUUUUUAUUAGGUGAGCAUUUAUGACGUUUUAUGAAAGUAAGGAUAUUAAAAUGUAAGAUGGGUGAUGAAAAUCUAAGUUAAAAGGUUCUUUGUGGUUAACUCACAAUAUUAAGUGAGGUAUGAGGUAAGUGUUAAGAGUAGUAUUCUUGUGCAUUGCAUAAAGAGACAAAUAUUUUUAGUUUUAGUUAAAAUUAAAUUGGCCAGGUACAGUGGCUCACAUUGGUAAUUGCAGUGCUUUGGAAGGCUGAUGUGGGGGAAUCACUAGGUCUGGAGUUUGAGAGCAGCCUGGCCAGUAUAUGGUGAAACUCCAUCUCUACUAAAAACACAAAAAGUAGCCAGGUGUGUUGGUGCAUACCUGUAGUCCCAGCUACUUGGGAGGCUGAGGAAGAAGAAUUGCUGGAACCCAGGAAGUGGAGGUUGCAGUGAGCCAAGAUUGUGCUGCUGCACUCCAGACUGGGUGACAGAGUGAGACUCCAUUUCAGAAAAAAAAUUAAAAUCAAUUGGUAGUACAUGAUUUUACUAAUUGUACUUUCAUGAAACAAAAUGUAGCAUAUUUUAAAAUUUUCAGAUUAUGUAUGAAUUUAAUGUCUUCAACAUUUCACAUGUCAAAUAUUGUGCAUUAAAUUAAGUCUUGUUAUUACACUUACUUUAACCUCGUCCCCUUUACUCAAGUGUUUUGGUAUAAGAUGGUAAGAUGAUGGACUAACAUAUCUAAUUUUUUUUUGCUAAUGGCUGAAUACUUCAAAUAUGUUAAGAAUAUUGUUUCCACAGGUAAUAAUUUUCUCUCUGUUCUUUUAUCUUUAAAUUUAUUUCUGUUAAUUUUUGUGGGUACAUAAUAUUUAUGUUAUAUAUACAUAUUCUGAUAGAGAUAUACAAUAUAUAAUAAUCACAUUUGGUUAGGUGAGAUACUCGUCACCUCUAGAACUUAUUUGCAUUACAACCAAUUUCUACAGUUUACUUCUACAGAAUCAUUUUUGUAACGGUAAAAAUUAUAUACAAUUAUAAAUAAAAUUUACACAUAUCUGAGUCCUGAAUAAAUACCUUUAAAAAUUUAUUAUACAUUUUUCUUUGAAUACAUCGCCUGUAUGCUUGCAAACACACUGACUUCUAGUUUUGAUUUGCAUAGAGUUAAACGUAUACAUCUAUUAUUCUAAAUAUAAACUGUAGGUGUGAACAAAUUAUGAAUUAAUUGUGGCUUUUGUCUCUUGAUCUUUGUUGCUUUAAAGUCUAUUUUAUCAGAGAUGAGAAUUGCAACUCUUGCUUUCUUUUGCUCUCCAUUUGCUUGGUAAAUCUUCCUCCAUCCUUUUAUUUUGAGCCUUUGUGUAUCCUUGCAUGUGAGAUGGGUUUCCUGGAUACAGCACACUGAUGGGUUUUGGAUUUUUAUCCAAUUUGCCAGUCUGUGUCUUUUGAUUGGUGCAUUUACUCCAUUUACAUUUAGGGUUAGUACUGUUAUGUGUGAAUUUGAUACUGCCAUUUUGAUGCUAGGUGGCUGUUUUGCCCAUUAGUUGUUGUAGAUUCUUUAUUAUGUUGAUGCUCUUUAGCAUUUAGUGUGAUUUUGGAAUGGCUGGUACUGGUUGUUCCUUUCUAUGUGUAGUGCCUCUUUCAGGAGCUCUUGUAAGGCAGGCCUGGUGGUGACAAAAUCUCUGAGUACUUGCUUGUUCGCAAAGGAUUUUAUUUUUCCUUCUCUUAUGAAGCUCAGUUUGGCUGGAUAUGAAAUUCUGGGUUGAAAGUUCUUUUCUUUAAGGAUGUUGAAUAUUGGCCCCCACUCUCUUCUGGCUUGUAGAGUUUCUGCCGAGAGAUCUGCUGUCAGUCUGAUGGGCUUCCCUUUGUGGGUGACUUGACCUUUCUCUCUGGCUGCCCUUAGUAUUUUCUCCUUUAUUUCAACCUUGUUGAAUCUGACGAUUAUGUGCCUCGGGGUUGCUCUUCUUGCAGAAUAUCUUUGUGGUGUUCUCUGUAUUUCCUCCAAUUGAGUGUUGGCCUGUCUUGCUAGGUGGGGGAAAUUUUCCUGGAUAAUGUCCUGAAGAGUAUUUUCCAGCUUGGAUUCAUUCUCUUCGUCACAUUCUGGUACGCCUAUCAAACGUAGGUUAGGUCUCUUCACAUAGUCCCACAUUUCUUGGAGACUUUGUUCAUUUCUUUUUGCGCUUUUUUCUCUGAUCUUGGUUUCUCGUUUUAUUUCAUUGAGUUGAUCUUUGACUUCGGAUAUUCUUUCUUCUGCUUGGUCAAUUUGGCUAUUGAAACUUGUGCAUGCUUCGCGAAGUUCUCAUAUUGUGUUUUUCAGCUCCUUUAAUUCAUUCGUAUUCCUGUCUAAGUUAUCCAUUCUUGUUAUCAUUUCCUCAAAUCAAGGCUCUUAGUUUCUUUGCAUUGAUUUAAAACAUGGUCUUUUAGCUCACAAAAGUUUCUCAUUAUCCACCUUCUGAAGUCUAAUUCUGUCAUUUCAUCACAGUCAUUCUCCAUCCAGCUUUGUUCCCUUGCUGGUGAGGAGUUUUGGUCCUUUCUAGGAGGUGAGGUGUUCUGGUUUUGGGUGUUUUUUUCUUUUUUGUGCUGGUUUCUUCCCAUCUUUGUGGAUUUAUCCACCUGUCGUCUGAGUAGUUGCUGACUUUUCGAUUGGAUCUCUGAGUGGACACCCAGAUUGUUGAUGAUGAAGUAUUUUUGUUACUUGGUUUUUCUUCUACCAGUCUAGCCCCUUUACUGUAUGACUGCUGAGGUCCACUUCAGGCCCUGCUUGUCUGGGGUGCAACUAUAGCAGCUGCGGAACAGUGAGGGAUGCUACCAGUUUCUUUUUCUGCUAUCUUUGUCCCAGGAUGAUGCCUGCCAAAUGUCAGUCUUUUGGAUAUAGAGGGGUCAGGGAGCUGCUUCAGGAGACAGUCUGUACUUUUUAGGAGCUCAAGUGCUGAGCUGUGAGCUCUGAUGUUCAUUCAGGGCUGUUAGGCUGCUAUGUUUAAUUCUGCUGCAACAUAACUCAUAAACCCUUUUUUUCUCAGAUGCUCUGUCUGGGGGGGGAGUUGGGGCUUUCCUUGUGAGUGCCCACCUCACUGUUCUGCCCAGCUAGGAGGCAGUCUAGUCACUAUUUGCCUGCCGAGGCUCCGCCCUGCUUGUGUGAGGCUCGCCCUGUUGCUGCAGGCUCUGCCCUUCUGCUGCAGUCUCUGCCCUGUUGCCACGGGCUACACCCUGCGGCGGAGUCUCUCUGUUGUACCGGGUUGCUUCGGCAAUGGCAGGCUGUGUCAGCAAUGGACGUGUACCUCAGUAGGGUCUGAUUGCCUCAGUAACGGCGGACGCCCCUUUCCCACGGAAUUGCGCUAUAAGAAAACCUUCUGACCAGGAGCGUUUGGAAUCGCCGUUUGUUUGUCGCACUGCGCUACCCCAAAUGCUGUGUUCCUGGGAUUUCCUGGGCUGGCUCACUAAGUCCCGUUCAGUCUCAAGUUCAGCCCUCUUAGGUCUCAGUUUGCCGGUUCAACAGGGCACCCGUAACAGUGCGCUUUUGUAUGGAGCACUGUGGAGUGCCUCUGCGCUCCGGUGCAGGCCGCAGCCGCACCGGCUGCCGGCUACACCAGCCAAGACCUCUGCCUGGCGUCCCGCGUCUCUUUUAUACCUGGGAAUUUCUCCGUUUUGUGGGCAACUAAGAUCCGUCUGGAAAUGCGUCCCUGACUCACCCUCUCUGGCAUCCAGCGAGAGCUUCUGUUAAAUUUAAUCUCUUAUGAUAUAGCACAACUUGCAUUUCCAGGCAGAAUCUUCUGUUUUUACAUUUGAAUGUUAAAGGUUGCAAAACAAUAAAAUGACCUCUAUGUAUUUGGAAUAAUAUUUCCUUUUUCAUAUUUUUAUUUCAAUGUUGAGGAAUUUCUCUUGUUUUACAAAUUUUAUUCUAGUGGAUGUAAGUUAGUCUAGAGUUUUAUUCUUAGACACCUAAGUGUAACCCCAAUUAUUUUCUCUGGAAAACUUUUGAAAAUCAUGGCUGCUUUUAGAUUAAAAUGUUUUUUGUUAUUGUUCAUGUAAAUUAGUUUACUGUGUUUACAGAGUGGUCAGUCAUGGGACCGUAAGUAACACUUAACUUUUUAGUGUCUUACUUUCCAUUACCAUUAGCACGAGAAACCCCAGGUGCUCCAAGCUUCAAAUAAAAGACUAAAGUACAUUGGCUCCUCCGAUGCACUGUGUUGGGUUUGAAACUUGCUGUCAAGCAUCAAAGUUCCUAUGGUUAUGACUGAUAAGUGACAGAAACAGCACAAAGAUUAUUUUUAUACUCUUCAGCCAAGUUUACGAUAAAGACAUAGACAUGAUUUCAAAUAUUGUCAUCUUUUCAUAAGGUUUUAAAAGUAUAUUAUCUAAUUUGAAAAAUGUAUUUUUUUUUGUAUAAAACAACAUUUUGAAGUGUAUACACAUGGUCAAAUGCUUAGCUCUAGGUCCAGCUAAUUGUUGUACUUUUAGUAGAGAUGGGGUUUCAUUAUGUUGGCCAGAAUGGUCUCGAUCUCUUCACCCUGUGAUCUUCCCACCUCUGCUUCCCAAUUUGCUGGGAUUACAGAUGGGAGCUACCGUGCCUGGCCUGUUUUUAAGAAUUUUUAUUAAUUAUGUCACUGAUAUUUUUAUUGAGGUUGCAUUAUAUAUGCAGAUAAUUUUGUGUAAUACAAAUACUUAAAAAUAAUGGCAGUUCAGUUAAAUGUAUUUCAAAGUAUAGUUACUACAGUUAUGGUAGAUAAAAUUGUCUUUUAAAUUUAUUUUGAGAUAGUUGUUAGUUUCUAAAAAUGCUACUUAUAGGCCAGGAGUAGUGACUCACAUCUGUAAUUCCAGCACGUUGGGAGGCCAAGAUGGGCAGAUCUUGAUGUCAGGAAUUCAAGAACAGCCUGGCCAAUAUGGUGAAACCCUGUCUCUAGUAAAAAUACAAAAAUUAGUGCAGCAUGAUGGUGCAUGCCUAUAAUCGCAGCUACUUGGGAGGCUGAGGAAAAGAGAAUUGCUUGAACCUAAAAGACAGAGGUGGCAGUGAGCCAAGAUCAUGCCACUGCACUCCAGCCUGUGUGACAGAGCUAGACUUCAUCUCAAAAAAUAAUGAUAACAAUAUUAAUAAUAAGUAGUUCUAAGAAAACUGGUUAGUCUUAUGCAGAAAAGAGUGGACUCCUUAUCUUUUCAUAUAAAAAAUAUAAGGCAAGAUAGAUUAUUGACUUAUCUGUGAGUCUUCAAGCUACAAAUUUCUAUGAGAACACUUAGAAAAUACUCUUCUAAACACUGGCCUCUGUAAUGAAUUUCUGAAUAACAUGUUAAAACUGAGUGAACAAAAUAAAAAUCAAAACUGCAUCUAAUUAAAGAGCUUCUGCACAGCCAAAGAAACUAUUUACAAAGGAAACACUUUGUAAAUUAUUUCCAAACUUCCUACAAGUGAUUAAUAUAUAGAAUCUAUGCAAAAAUUAAUUUUAAAAAUCAGAAAAAUGAUAUAGAUACUUCUCAAAAAGAGUUGUGAAUAAAUAUUGAAGAAAUGAUUAACAUCAAAUAAUUAGAGAGAUGGAAAUCAAAAUGACAAAGUAAUACCAUUUUACACCAGGUAGAAUGGCUGUUGUUAUAAGUCACAAAAUAACAUGUUGACAUUGUGGAGAAAUAGGUUUCAUUAUAAAUGUUGAUGGGAAUGCAAUAAAAUUUAGCCCCCGUGGAAAGCAGUUUGGUGAUUUCUCAAAGAACUGAAAAUAGAGUUGUCAUGUAACUCAUCAGCCUCAUCACUGCCAAAGGAGAAUAAAUUAUUUUGCCAGGAAGACAACUGCACUCAGGUGUUUAUUGUAGCAAAAUUCACAAUAGCAAAAAGCAGAAUGAAACAGGAUGCUUAGAAAUCUUAGGUUGGAUAAGGAAAGUGAGGCACUUCUACAGCAUGCAAUACUCUGCAGCCACAGAAAGAAUGAAGUCACAUCAUUUGCACAACAUGAGUGGAGCAGAAGGUCGUUGUAAGCAAAUUAACAGAUCAGUGAAACAAACAGCACAUGUAACUUAUCUGUGGUAGGUAUAAAUUGGAUACAGAUGGAAACAGAUGAAAAUAAAACUAAAUGUCUAAACAGAUGGAAGAACAAAGGGAGACAAGAAUUGAAAAACUACUUUCAAGUGUGAUAUACACUACUUUGUUACUCUUUGGUGAAAAGUGGUAGGUGAUAUCACAUUUUCUUAAGAAUAAACCAUUUUUGAAAAUA